AUGAUGGACUCAAACAAUCAACUAUUUCUCCACCUGUACCUUUUCUUAGUUUUUCUUCUCUCAGGACAAAAGGGGCUACUGGGUGAGGCUGGGCCAACAAAAUUGUUCGUUUUUGGGGACUCGUAUGCAGAUACUGGCAAUGGCGAUUAUUUAUCUUGUUCCUGGAAAGAGCCUUAUGGUAUAACCUUUCCCGGCAAACCUGCCGGAAGAUUCUCCGACGGCAGAAUUCUCACCGACUUGACCGCUGCCUACUUGGGAGUGCCAUCGCCAAUCCCCUAUAGAUUGGGAAAACAGAAGACACAACAAUAUUUGAAACAUGGGAUGAACUUUGCCAUUGGUGGUACCGGUGUCUUUGAUACCUCUACUCCAGUUCCAAACAUGACAUCCCAGAUUGAUUUGUUUCAGCACCUCGUCAAACGCAAAGCGCCCCUCUCCUUAGAUCUCAACAACUCUAUGGCCCUAGUUUCGGUCGCUGGAAAUGAUUACGAUCAUUACUUGACCACAAAUGGCUCUAUUCAGAAUUUCCCGUCCUUCAUUGCCUCAGUGGUGAAUCAGAUCGGUUCCAAUCUGAAACGCAUUCAAGAAUUGGGAGUGAAGAAAAUCGUUGUGGGUGGUCUACAACCCCUUGGUUGCCUUCCCUACAACACAAUCCAAUUCCCAUUCCAACAAUGCAAUAGUACCUUCAACGAUCUCACAGUUAUCCACAACACCCUCUUGAACCAAACCGUGACCAAAUUAAAACAACAAACCAACCAUAACACUACGUUCGUGAUUCUUAACCUUUACGACAGUUUCAUGUCAGUGCUUAACCAACGACAAACCAAUAACAACAUUGAGAACCGACUCAAGCCAUGCUGCGUUGGGAUAAGCAGUGAGUACAUGUGUGGGAGUGUGGAUGAGAACAAUGUCAAGAAAUAUAAGGUUUGUGAUAAUCCCAAAUCAGCUUUCUUUUGGGAUCAGUUUCACCCCACGCAAGCAGGAUGGGAAGCUGUGUAUGACAACCUGCGAAACUCAAGUGCUCUUCAACAUUUUCAAUACUAA